AACAAUGCCUCUUCUAGCGCGUACCGAAACAGCGGUCUAUUUCAUCACAAUAAGAGUAUUUCUGGCUUACUGUUUCUUGAGAAAGACAAAAAUGACGAGAGGUAGGGAACAUCAUUAUCACAUGCAAUCAUCCGCUGCAUCACACGGAAACCAGGUUUUAAAGAGUCGAUCUCUCGUUUGUGUGUUUAACUCUAGUUUGCUGGAACUGCUCGUUAUAUCUUACCAAGGACAGCUGAACAGCUACGUUAUCAAGUAAAGUAUUUCCUAUCUUCUUGGAACCUUUUAACCAAGCAUGUUCUUUAAACUAUUCGUCUGAUGGUGGCUUUACAGUCAACUCGGCCCACUAACCAACUCGGCCCACUAACCAACUCGGCCCAUCGUUCAAGGACCAACUCUGCCCGCUUGUAAACUGACUAAUCUAACCAAUAAGCAAGCUAGGGGCCAUGACUGCGUUAGAUCUAUCUUUGCACAUUUUGAGAGAGAUUUGAAUGAUCAGUAAUUUAGUAUCAAAACGGACAGAUCGAGAAUUUGAAACUUCGAUAGAUUCUUUAAUUAAAUUAAGUCAAACUGGAUGUUCUCAAACUUUACUCAUCUGUAUGCCCAAUGCAACUACAAAUGACUGUAUUGGUUUGGUGCUAUCUUUUGUAAAAUAUUAGCUUUCCUAAUAUGUCAAACAGUAGUUAACAAUUGGGCCAAGAUGGUAUGGGCCGAGUUGGUCAGUGGGCCGAGUUGACCAGCUUCCUGAUGGUGUACUUUCCUACCGUUUGUAAAAAAGCUUGAAAACCUUUAAAACUAAAGAUAUUAAUAAACAGAAAAGUUGAUAAUUAAUAUUUAUACAUAUAGUAAACUUUAAUCUGGGUUAGAGCAAUCAACCGACAAUUUCAAAAGCUUGAAAAAAUCACUAUAUCCAAUGGAUAGCGAUAUUUUGAAAUAUAGUUCACAUGUACAUUUAUUGAACAAUGAUAUUGUUUAAAAUUUCUAGUAGCCACAGCGGAGAACAUAGCAGGAAGAAGAGCUUCUCUUUUCAGUCAGUCUUACCUCACGGCGUUUCAACAGCUUUGUAUUAUCCUUCCACGAAACUUCUCAUUCUUGGCACUUCUGCUGCUGGCACCAUAGGAAAAACAGCGCUAGGGAAUGGCGUUACUCUAUGGAGACUGUUAUUUGAUCAACCGUAUUUCAAGCUUAUCGAAGAUCAAGCUCUGGAAAUUAAGAAGGUAGCGUUGUGGUUAUCAUCACAGCAGAAUAACACUUACUCAGAUAAAACAAUUUUAUGUUCCUUGCUACGCAAUUCACAUUUUCAGAAAACUCACAUGCCUAGUUACCACUGUUCUGAUAAUGUAAGCAUAGAAUGAAACAAAGGUAACCAAGCAUUUAAAUUAUAUAUGUGAGUGAAUUGGAUGGGAUUAACUCGCAUGUCUAGUUACCACUGUUCUGAUAAUGUAAGCAUAGUAUGAAACAAAGGUAACCAAGCAUUUAAAUUAUAUAUGUGAGUGAAUUGGGUGGGAUAACUCACAUGUCUAGUUACCACUGUUCUGAUAAUGUAAGCAUAGAAUGAAACAAAGAUAACCAAGCAUUGAAAUUAUAUAUGUGCACUGAGUGAAUUGGGUGGGAUAACUCACAUGCCUAGUUACCACUGUUCUGAUAAUGUAAGCAUAGAAUGGAACAAAAGUAACCAAACAUUUAAAUUAUAUAUAUGAGUAAAUUCGGUGGGAUAACUCACAUGGUUUAGUUACCACGCCAUUGUUCUGAUAAUGCCAAUCGUUUAAAUAGCCAAGCGUUAAAAUUAUAUGUACAGGGAUAAACAUGCAUCAGGUCGUUUGGUCUUCUGAUUGAAUAUUUUAUUCGUUUUAGACUCAGCAAGGGACGGGCCUUAUUGCCAAGCUCUUACCAGCAAGGACAAACAAUAAACAGGUAUUGGUGGUUCUCAGUAAGCUCUAGAGGGCUGUACUUAUAGGAACGAGCAAACUACGCUAUUUUUUAAGAAUUUUCGACAUUAAAGCAAGGGAAGAGUUUGACAAUUUAAAACAUUCCUACCAAACAUAUUUCGUCUUCCUCUCUUCCUCUUUUUAAGAAGUAUGUUUCACGAAGCGCUGGAAGAGAAGGAGACGAAAUAUGUCUGCUAGAAAUGUUUUAAAGCAAACUAAACUACUUUAUUCUUCACCGAAUACAAGACUACAAUGUAAAGGAUUUUAAACCAUUAUUCUCUCACUUAGUAAACCAGCCUUUACAAAGUUGUAUUUUCACUUUCUUUAAGCAUGGCGUGUGGAAGAUGAGCCUGGGAUUGGACGGCAAAACAUUGCUAGUGUUACAUUUCUCAGGGAGAUUGUCUCUGUGGGAACUGCCAUCCUUGAAACAGAGAGAGGCCUGGGAACGAGCAGAACAGGUGUGCGAAUUUUAUCUCAAAAUGUGAGAAGAAUACUGGACCUCUAGGAAGAACAGUUUAGAACUGAUUGAGCUACCCAGAAUAAAUAAAGUUAGUUUAGUUUAGGUUUCCUCCUGUAGUAACACUGGAUCAAUAAGAGAUUUAGAGACGAUCCUUACUGGACCUCUAGGGAGAACAGUUUAGAACUGACAGAGCUAUCCAGUAUAAAUAAAGUUAGUUUAGUUUAGGUUUCCUUCUGUAGUAACACUGGAUCAAUAAAGGAUGACCUUUACUGGACCUCUAGGAAGAACAGUUUAGAACUAAUAGAGCUAUCCAGUUUAAAGAAAGUUAGUUUAGUUUAGGUUUCCUCCUGUAGUAACACUGGAUCAAUAAGAGAUGAUCCAAACUGGACCUCUAGGAAGAACAGUUUGGGACUGAUAGAGCUUUCCAGUAUAAAUAAAGUUAGUUUAGUUUAGGUUUCCUCAUGUAGUAACUCUGGAUCAAAAAGAGAUGAUCCUCUAGGGAGAACAGUUUAGAACUGAUAAAGCUACCCACUAUCCAAUAUAAAUAGAGUUGUUCAGUUUAGGUUUCCUUCUGUAGUAACACUGUAUCAAUAAAGGAUGACUCUUACUGAACCUCUAGGGAGAACAGUUUAGUUUAGUUUUCGCUCUUAGCGUUAAAUUCUCCUAAAUGCUUUUUAUAUUAUUUAGCCUGAUUACAAGAGCGAAGACGCCCAUGUUCAUUUUCCAAGCUUAAAUCAUUCAAAGCGGAAAGGUAAGAAUUUAAUUCCACAUUUAUGUCAAAUAUAAGUUGCCAAAUUGAUGAUUCACUCUGCAUGUUUUACUCCAGUUGAACAAAAGGGUUUCGUCUACGACAUUGGCUGGUGGUCAAAUGAUGUAAGUCCUUCAUGUUGUCUUAAUUUCGUUGAUGUGUGUAAUGAAAUGGAAACGUAAAAAUUAUGAAAACCGUAUCUGUAUACGAUUAGUGUAAUAAUAUCGUACAUUUACAUUUUGUACACACGUAAAAAUCUCACAACUUGUCAAAACAAGAUGUAUUCGCAACAGGCUUGUAGCAAGCUUGUCAACAAGUUGUGUCAACGCUGUUCUAUCAUCAAGUUGCUACACGCUUGUUGAGAAAUUGUUGAAUUGCAGGCGAUGACAAGUUGUUGGAACAACUUGUGACAAGUCUGUUGAGCUCAACACCUUUGUAGCAAGUUCUCAACAAGCCAUUGACAACUUGUUAACAAGCUGGGAACAAGCAGUGCGAACACAUCUUGUUGUCAAGUUGUUGGAACAGCAUUGCUACAAGUCUGCUGCAGAUUUGUUACAACUUGUGCGUUUUUACGUGUGUACAUGUAUGUAGUGUGAGAUAUUUCACCGAAUAUAACAUUAUUUUUUUUUUUUUUAAAUGUAGGCGAUGGUUUUAGCGCGACGUUCCGGUGCUUUGACAGUAUCAACUCUUGACAAAAGGUUAGUUUGGGUUUUGGUUAGUUUUUUUUUACACUACACAAAGUUUGCCUAAAACUGUCGCAUGUAACCUGCUUACAACUUGAGUUGUACUGUGUAAAUCAAGCCCGCAACUCACUUACGCUGUCGUUGUCAUAGGUGAGUUGUGUGCUUGAUUUACACAGUGCAACUCAAGUUGUAAGCAGGUUGCAUGCGACAGUUUUAGGCAAAAGUUGUGUGCUGUAAACCUGCCUUCAGAGUUUGUUUUUAAUUUAACGAUACUGUUCAAUGUUCAGUUUGCAGAAUAUUCUUGGACAGUUCGCCGAAUGGUGUGAGCCAUUUCCGUUAGUUACCAGUGCCCACAACGGAGGCUUUCUUAUCUUAGAGGUAAAAAUCACUUUAUUGAAACCUUCAAAUGCUCCUUUGUACAAACAUUGAAGUCUCACGCGAGAGUAGACAAUGUUUUUCUCGUGGCAUUUUAUCUUUGAAUGCACACGACGUGCCACUCAGUGAGCUCAAUUAUGUAACUGAAGUAAGGGAUAGACCCUGAUGUAAGGUCAUGAUAUGCCAAGCGAGCUCUAUAUUAUAUAUAAACUGAAGUAAUAUCUUGUGUUGUUAUUUCAUAUUCUAGUGCGAGAACAAUGUCGUGUCGUUGAGUCCAGUAAGGAAGACUAUGGUUGAUGAGGAUGAACAGGGGACACAUGAUGAUGACGAGGAUGAUGAGGAACAUCACGUGGUCACAAAAACCAAAGAACUUGCAAAACAUGUAAGAUGGAAUGCUUUGUCUGACACUUUGUAUGUGCAAUCAGUCCUUGUAAUGCAGUAGUUAGUACAUUUGUCUUUCAAUUCAUCUCUGUGACUGGGGUUUGAUUGAUAUGCAGUUGUCUGAUUAUAAUCUCACCUCAGUCACAUGUGAGAAGAAUGCUUCCUUCCUUCUUUGCAUACCCCCUUUAUACCGUAUACCUUCUCAAUAUCACCAAUGAAAAACAACGGUUUUCUUAAAAGUAUUGAAUUUCAUACUGUAACUCUGGCCCUUGUUUUGUUUUAAAUGUUUUAGGUUUUGUAUUUCCUAACCGAGAGUGAAAGAUUUCGUCCUCCUGUUAGACGACCAAAGUACGUUCAUGAACUUUCAUCUAUUCCGUAGAUUUGUUGUCGAUUUAGGCCGCGUUUACACUACGACGCUACGGCAAGUUUACCGUAGCGUAGUGAUUUGCAUCCGGAGUGCCAAACGUAGUGGUGUGUAGUUAAUACGCUACGGCAAACCACUCCGUUAUAGUGUAGACACAAUACUAAGAAACGUAGUGAAUUUUUAACGAAAUUAAUUUCCGCAGUUAAUACGCUACGGCAACCCACUCCGUUAUAGUGUCAACACAAUAUAAUUCCGUAGUUAGUACGCUACGGCAAACCACUCCGUUAUAGUGUAAACACAACAUAAUCUCAAUACUAGAAACGUAGUAAAUUUUUAACGGAGUGUUUAGCCGUAGGGUCAUAGUGUAAACACGGCCUUAAAGUUCCUUAUCAUGCAUGAACAGAAUAUUGAUUUACUCUGUCACUGUCAUUUUAGGAUUUUAAAACAAACCUACCGACUACUCUGUCUUCGUUCUACCACACCUGAAGAACUCUAUACCAGAAAGGUACACUUAAAACUAAGCUAACUUUAUUUAUACUGGAUAGCUCUAUCAGUUCUAAACUGUUCUUCCUAGAGGUCCAGUAAGGAUCAUCUCUUAUUGAUCCAGUGUUACUACAGGAAGAAACCUAAACUAAACUAACUUUAUUUAUACUGGGCAGCCCUAUCAGUUCUAAACUGUUCUUCCUAGAGGUCCAGUAAGGAUCAUCUCUUAUUGAUCCAGUGUUACUACAGGAAGAAACCUAACCUAAACUAACUUUAUUUAUACUGGGCAGCUCUAUCAGUUCUAAACUGGUCUAGAGAUGUCCAGUAUAAGGGUCACCCUUUAUUGAUCCAGUGUCACUAUAGGAGGAAACCUAAACUAAACUAACUUUAUUUAUACUGGAUAGCUCUAUCAAUUGUAAACUGUUUAUUGGUCGAUCUUUUAGAUUGAACUUGAGGAAUACGGCGAGGCUCUGGCUCUUGCGCAGUCUUACGAUCUGGACUGCGACCUCGUUUAUCAAAAGCAGUGGCGGAAAUCAAAAGUGACCGUGUCCAGCAUUCAUGAUUAUCUGGUAAAUGGUUUAAUUUCUUUACUUUCUUUGUUUUUCAUUUCUGCUGAAGGCUUACUGGCUUAUUUUUCUCCUCAGAGCAAAGUCACAAAGCGGAUAUGGGUAUUACACGAAUGUCUUGAGCGAGUCGCGGAGGAUCUGGAUUCCACUAAAGCGCUGUUGAAGUAUGGCUUACACGGGACUGGGCUUCCUGUGUUGGUUGCUAUGGGUGACACGGAACAUCCGUUUCUGAAAGAGGAAGAUGAGGAAGACGGGGAAAAUGAAGUGGAAACACAAGAGGAGCGGGAGAAUGAGACGAGAUUGUUGAAAAGCAUUGAUUUUAACAAGUAUGUGGAGUUUCAUGUUUUUCCUAAAAACUGUUUAGUGUCACGAACUUACUGUUUGAAACUAACUUUAUUUAUACUGGAUAGCUCUAUCAGUUCUAAACUGUGCUUCCUAGAGGUCCAGUAAGGAUCAUCUCUUAUUGAUCCAGUGUUACUACAGGAGGAAACCUAAACUAAACUAACUUUAUUUAUACUGGAUAGCUCUAUCAGUUCUAAACUAUUCUUCCCAGAGAUCCAGUAAGCAUCAUCUCUUAUUGUCAUUGAUCCAGUGUUACUACAGGAGGAAACCUAAACUAGACUAAUUUUAUUUACCCUGAAUAGCUCUAUCAGUUCUAGACUGUUCUUCCUAGAGGUCCAGUAAAGAUCAUCUCUUAUUGAUCCAGUGUUACUACAGGUAGGAUUGGAGAACUAGGAGAAAACAUGACAGAAUCAAACUGGAUGCACUUUCCUCGCAUGUGACUAAGGUGAAAUAAUUUAUAAUCAGCCAAAUUCGCAUGCGCUGGCCACUGUGUCAUCAGCAUUUAUAGCCGUGGCCAUUUUGUUUCCAGAUUAUCAGUCGAGCAACGUAAUAUAUGUCGCUAUCGUCUGCGCUUCUUGAAGUACUGGGACCGACUCUCGACAUACGAAGCAAUCCUUGGUGGGCCCGCAGUUGCACACGACACCUUUGACUGCGGUUUCUUCAGCAAGUUUCGGGACAGUAAUAUUGUUGAAACGUCCGUAGAAUUUGCAAGGGUAAGCUGUUUUCAUCAUGGUUCUAUUUUGUCGAAAUUGUCGCAACCAAAUUGUGGGCACUGACGUCGCGUCUAUCUUGCCUUUUGUGUGCUGUAUGCAAAGCAGUCUUUAUUGAUUGCAGAGAUAUAUCAAGGGGCUGACCAUGAUCAGACAUGAGUGAUAAGGUGGCUGGCAGAGGCGCCCUUAGUAAGCCUUCAACUUCAUCAGGUUGAGAUGCGUCCUUUACAAUGCAAUUAAGGAUGAUUAGCGCACACACCCACUUACUUACCUUCGUAUAAUAGCGAUAGCCACCUUUACUGAAAAUCUUACCUGACUUUAACAAGGGUCAGAAUGUGUCAUGAAAAUAUCUAUGACUAUGAUCCAUAUUAUAUUGUUAUAGGAUAACGAUUGGAAUGCUGUUGAUUUGCUACUGACUUACCACGGGAAAGAAAUCUUACCUCAUUACCUUUCCAUCUUGUCAAAUUUUCCCGAAACCACGACUCCGUUCGAUUAUAGAAGUCUUCUUCCUGAAGCAGGGUAUGUUUUUUUCUUUUCCUGAAGGCCUUUUGCAAUUUUUAUUGGAAGAACAGCCUAGGAAGAACAGUUUAGAACUGAUAGAGCUAUCCAGUAUAAAUUAAUAAAGUUAGUUUAGUUUAGGUUUCCUCCUGUAGUAACACUGGAUCAAUAAGAGAUGGUCCUUACUGGACCUCUAGGAAGAACAGUUUAGAACUGAUAGAGCUAUCCAGUAUAAAUUAAUAAAGUUAGUUUAGUUUAGGUUUCCUCCUGUAGUAUUACACUGGAUCAAUAAGAGAUAGUCCUUACUGGACCUCUAGGAAGAACAGUUUAGAACUGAUAGAGCUCUUCCAGUAUAAAUAAAUGUAGUUUAGUUUAGUUUUCCUCCUGUAGUAACACGGGAUCAAUAGAGAUGAUCCUUACUGGAGCUCUAGGGAGAACAGUUUAGAACUGAUAGAGCUAUCCAGUAUAAAUUAAUAAAGUUAGUUUAGUUUAGGUUUCCUCCUGUAGUAACACCGGAUCAAUAAGAGAUGAUGAUUACUGGACCUCUAGGGAGAACAGCUUAGAACUGAUAUUCCUGUAGUUAUACAGUAUAAAUAAAGUUAGUUUAGUUUAGGUUUCCUCCUGUAGUAACACUGGAUCAAUAAGAGAUGGUCCUUACUGGACCUCAAGAGAAAACAGCUUAGAACUAAUAGAGCUUUUCCAGUGUACACAAAGAUAGUUUAAUUUAGUUUGGUUUUGUCUUCUUUAGAAUCGAAGAAAACGAGCCGGAGGUUUACGACUUUGAGCAGAAAACAUGGCGGACACAGGACUGGGUGGAAAAUCGAAAAUAUUUAAAAAUAUUUGAAAGCGAGGCUAAGGAGGACCCUGGAGAGUUUCUGUAUGAGGAAAAUGGCGAACUCAGGCCUUUCAGGUAAAGAAUGUCCGCGAGGGAAAACCAUCUCCCGAAAAACAUACACCUCUUAUGACAUGGAAAAAAUUUAUAUUCUGUAGUGGGUCUCUGAACAGUAAGAUGCUGACAGAUUGGUAUGAAUAUCGGGCUCAUGAAAUAGAACAAUGUUCCAGUCAGGUAAGACAAGACCUAAAUUGUCUACUCCGUUGUUAUAAGCCAUGCAGCAAGGCCGGAUUUUUGUGGGAAUUCUGGGACACGUGGAAAUAGCGUCUAGCCCACGGCCCCCAUGGAGUGUUAGACUUAGAAUGUAGCCCCCUAGUCAACUACAUGAUGUAUGCAUGUACUGUACAUAUGUAUCAGUGCAUGUAUGAAUUAUGACUGUACGACGCAUCCAAUAUUGCUCUUCAUUACAUUACUACAAAGUUUAUUUCGAAAUAUGCCUUUAAAAUGCACUUGAUACACACAUGAUGAAUAGUUAUCAGUUUUUCAAGUGUAAACUCGAUAGACUCAAAGCAACGCAUAAAAAUUUCAAUUUGAUCUAUCAUUUAAAUUCAGCCUUAAAAUUCAGUCUUUAAAUUCAGCCCUUAAAUUCAGCCUUUAAAUUCAGUCUUUAAAUUUUAAAUUCAGCCUUUAAAUUCAGGCUUUGAAUUCUGGCUUUAAAUUCAGGCUUUAAAUUCAAGCUUUAAAUUCAGGCCUUAAAUUCAUCCUUUAAAUUCGGGCUUUUAACCUUCCCGAAGGGGAGGUGCAUGACUUCUCAGGGGAGGCGUAAAAAGAUCUCAAGGGAGGUACCUGCCCGCCUCCCCACACUUCCCUCAAAAUCCGACCAUGCUUUCCAGAAAUAGAAAGAAUUGUUUCUGAGCUUAGAAAGUAUGGUAUCAGAAUGGUAGUUUCUGUUGAAGAGACUUUCCUUUUUACAUGGUUUUCUUACAAAAUCUCCCAAGAAUGAUUUCAUAUUUUGAUUUUUUAGAUUGAUAAUGCUUUGGAGCUUGUAAAACUUGGCAAGGAAAGAGGGGUGAAGGUUUGUAUUUUAAAGCCAGCCUAGACCCAGGACUUUUACUCGUUUGGCUUUGGCAGGUUUGGCCAAUAUUGGGCUAGUGUUUGGUAAGUAUGACGUCACAUUUUUAUUUCACAUGUGACGUCAUUCUUACCAAAUGCUUGUCCAAAAUCAACCGAACCUGCCAAAGUCAGCCGAGUAAAGAUCUAGGCUGUUUUGAAUCGUUUAUCUUGCCACACGUAAAGACGCACUAGUUGUAAAAAACCUGCAGUAGACUUGUAGCAAUGCUCUUCCAACAACUUGUCAACAGGAUGUGUUCGCACUGCUUGUGCCCAGCUUGUUGACAACUUGCUACAAGGUUGUUGAGCUGAACAGACUUGUCGCAAAUUGUUCCAACAACUUGUUAUCGUCCUGCAAUUCAACAAUUUGUCCACAAGUUGUGAAUGACAACCUUGUAGCAACGUGAUAAAAUAACAGCAUUGUUACAAGUUGUUGAUAAGCUUGCUACAAGCCUGUUGCGAACACAUCUUGUUGACAAGUUGUGAGAUUUUUGCAUGUGUAUUUGGAGGACUAGAAUUGACUUGCAAAUUGUGGAAUAUUUUCUGUUCCUAGGGCUUGACAUUUCUUCACGACGAUUUGAUUACCUUGGGUGCCUUAGUUUAUGAGGUAAGAACAAAGUCGAGGCUCUUUGUUAUAACACUUUAGCAAUGAAACGUUUUGUCAUUUUUACACCUACAAGCAACCAACAACAUUACGUGUAUUUGUUAGUGUCAAGGAGAUUGCGUUGUUGACCUGAAGUCGUUUGAAAAUUUGACCAAUCUGGAAAAGAUGAAAUUGCUCGUUGCAAAAGUGAGUCUUCCAUUGUUCUGAAAAUAGCGUGGAUGUAUCAAUAUGUUCAAUAACUCAUUACCUAAUUUUCGUGUGUACUCUUACCCGUGAUAUUGUAGUCCUCGGAGCAGUCCUUCGUCAAAGAUUUUAAGAAAUGGGUCGUCCCAUUCUUGGACAGAGUGGAAAAACGAACUCGAGGCAGUAAAGCCAAGUUGAUACAGCAAUACAUGACGGAAACGUCAAAGGUGUGUUUAUUGAGUCUUUAAUGAUGUGAUUUCUUGCACUUCACUUGGUGGAAUUAUAAUUCCACCAAGUGAAGUGCAAGAAAUCACAUCAUUCAAGUCCACCUUAUCACAACAACCCGCACACCCGAUUACCUAUAUAUACAUGAACUUACGGUUACAGCUCAACAGCUGACCUCUGUAGCUCAGUUGGUUAGAGCGCUGCACCGGAAUCGCAGGGCCGUAGUUUCAAUUCCUACCAGAGGACCUUGUGCUGCAUUUUUCGCAGUCGUUCCUGGUCAGGUCUUAAAAUGUAUAUAAUCACUUGGAUUACAAACCCUAACAUUCUAAUUGUUGAGUCUUUCCAUGGAUUAGUUAAGUUGUAUGCCGAUAUAAUAAAGCUAAAAGUCAAAAUGUCGCUAUGCUAAUAUAAUCAAUAGUAGAUUUUUGUAACUUUUUCUAACAUUGAUUUUUUUAGACGGAUCUGACAUUUUCACUCAAAAUUCUACAGCAGUCUUCUGCAGAGGUGAGGAUUGAGGGGGACUCGAAAAUGUGAAAGGCUUGCUUCCAGGUUAUACCAUAGACCGUAGACUACAGUUAGUUUAGUUUAGUUAGUUUAGUUUGGUUAGUUUCCUGCAAAAAUGGCCUAAACUAUUUUCUUUGACAGUUAACCGAGCCGUUUAUCCCUGAUGUUGCCCGACAAAUAAAGCUAGCUAUCGACUGCAUCUAUCUUUGUUCGAGGUACAAACUGAAACUACGUCUUAUAUAACGUUCUACCGUCUUAUUAUUCAUAUUUUACUGUAUUUCCCACGGUGCUAUUCCACCAAAACGUCUUACAAAAGGGAAAAAGGCAGUUUUCCAAUGAUUGCAUUCCAUUACAUAUUGUAGUACAUGUGUUUUCGUCUAAAUUCUCGUCAUUCACAAAUACGUCCUAUUCCGUGCUGUUCUCCACGACAUAAAACACAACAACUUUUUGUUGAAAAAAUACAGGGAGAAAUUUGUCGUAUCGAGCGAAGGCCGUUCGUCUGUGAAAUAUGAUGUUUUUAAUAUCUUGUUUUUAGAGACGACCAACUCGAUGAAGCCGGGCUUAUUUUGAAGUGCUUUUCUUCAGAAUCAGAAGGGUAUUAAGACUGCAAAUUAAAACUUGUCUGCUUUGCGUAAUGUGUUUGAGAUAUUACUAAACUCGCUAUUUUAUAAUCUUAUGACUUAUUGCUUGUUUUCCGAUUCCAGAAUUCUCUCACAACAGAUUGUCGAACUGCGCAAAAAACUUGAAGAAUUGAAAUUACAUUUAGAGUAAGAGUUCACAAGAUUUUUAAUUAUGAAAUAUAAUUGUUGUAUAUGAAAUAUAGCUGAGUUUAUUAAUGAACUUGUUUUUGUUUUGUAGAGGGGCGAAAAUUCUGUCUGGGAACGGGUUUCCUAAACCGGUUUCGUAUUUAGUUGACAUAAAGGUUUGCUACAGUAUUUAAAACGAUAUCUUAUAUUAAUAGACCUUUCCCCUUUUGAGUGAAAUUUUGAUCUUGACAAGUCUGGACAAAAAUUUCAUCACAGCUUGAAAGAGCAUCACAAAAUUAGUAAUAUUCCGAAGUUUCGUUGCGAAAUGUUGUAAAAUGCGGAUAAUAUAGCCUUGCGAAGUUUGCCGUUUUUCAGUCAUUUUGCAUUACAAACGGGAAAUUGGUAAUCAGAUGAUCAAACUGAUUAUCAAUUUUCCAUUUGUAAUACAAAAUGACUGAAAAACGGCUCAAAAUUUCACUCAGAGGGGAAAGGUCUGUUCAUUGUCUUGACAUUUAUUUGCUAUUUGCUCUACACGUAAAAACGCACAAGUUAUUACAGGUCUGCAAACAAGUUGUUACAAAUCUGUUGAUAAGCUGUCGACAACUUGUGUUCGCACUGCUUAUUUCCAGUUGUUGUAACAAGUUUGGAAGAAGCUGUUUAACAACCUGUGACAAGCUUGAUGGCAUUAUCAGACUUCAGGUCACAAGGUUGUUCUAACAGGUCUGAUACAGUCAUGAUAUAACAGGAAUGUUACAAGGUUGAUGACACAAAGUUGUAACAGUAUUGUUACAUCGUGACUGUAUUGGACUUGUUUGAACAACCUUGCGACAAAUCUGAUAAUAUUAACAAUGUUGUUACAAGUUGUUAACAGCUUGUUCCAAAAUUUUUGACAACUUGGUACAAGCAGUGCGAAUACAACUUGUUGACGGCUUGUUGGCAGACUUGCUACAAGAUGUGAGAUUUUUGCGUUUUGUAUUCGCAUUGCUUGUCCCAAGUUUCCAACAAGUUUGGAACAAGCUGUUAACAACUUGUAGCAACCUUGUUGAUAUUAUCAGACUUGUUGCAAGGUUGUUCCAACAAGUCCGAUACAGUCAUGAUAUAACAAUAUUGUUACAACCUUGUGUCGUCAACCUUGUAACAUUCUUGUUAUAUCAUGACUGUAUCAGACUUGUUAGAACAACCUUGUGACAAGUUUGAUAAUGCCAUCAAGCUUGUUGCAAACAGCUUGUUCCAAACUUGUUACAACAACUGGGAACAAGCCGUGCGAACACAACUUGUCGACAGCUUGUGAACAGAUUUGUAACAACUUGUUUUCAGACCUGUAUUGUAACAACUUGUUGGUUUUUACGCGUGUAUGCUAUGAUGUGAUUUCUGAUCUAUUUUGUCUUUAAGGCUGACAAAGAGGCAGUAACGUCUGUUAUGAUAUCUUUAUCUCAAAUUGCCAAACAUAGGUUGGUUUGCAUUCAAAUUUAACGAUAGAUGGCUCAGGUCAAAACCUAGUGUCCGCGUGAUUACAACCAAGGGCCUGGGACUAGUUCAAGAACGUUUCUUUAUUCCAAAAAAAUGCUUCAAAAUUAAACCUUAGUGCAAUAUUUUAUUUUUUACCAACAUUAAAUUACAUUACAGUAAUUAAAUACACGUUACGGAACUAGAAGAAAAAUAUGCA